AUGUUUGGUCAGCCCCACGAUCCGACAGCGUCCCUGGACCUGUUUAUCCUCACCUUCAACGCUGGAAAGGAACAGAUCAACCCCUCCGUCUUUGCAGUCCAUCUUCGCGAUGCCUUUGCCAAGGGCAUGGUCAAAGACACUGAUGUCUUACCAGAAGUCAUUGUCAUAUGCCUCCAGGAGAUGGCUCCUCUCGAACGCAGCUUCAUCGGCUCCUACAUGAUUAACCCUUAUUUCCAAAGUUGGGUGACUGCUGUCAACCUCGCAGCUCUCCCUCUCGAUACUACAUCACCUCAUAACGAUGAUUAUGAAGCCGAAUCCCCGACCGACUACCCUUACACCCUCAUGACAACUCGCAAUGUUGGUAUGACCGGCAUAUUGCUCUUUGCUCGUGACACUGGUGCUAUACAGAACCUCAAGUCCACCGAGGUUGGCUUUGGCGCCGGCGACAUGGCCAACAAGGGAGCCGUGGGACUUCGCAUGCUAUUUUCCAAGCCCGAUGCCGACGGCCGCAAGAGACAGACCGAGCUUACUUUCGUGGGCACCCACUUGGCUGCCCACGAGUGGAAUUUGGAGAAGAGGAACAAGAAUUGGGAGAGUAUUGUGUCCGGAUUGCUCUUCGAGAACCCUAAGAAGCUUAACGGAGGCAAAUCUGUGGAUCCUACGCUCCGCACACCCGAAAGUUACGACGAGCGUGAGGUUCUCCUGCCUCGAGACGCAAAUGUGAAGGCAUUACAUGACAUCACUAUCUACAAGCCCGGCUCCCACCUUUUUGUUGCGGGAGAUUUGAAUUACCGAAUAUCCAAAACGUCUCCAACACCCAAGUCCGUGUUCCCCUCCCUCAACGCCCAGGAUUACAAUCAUUUCAGUCACUUUCUCCAGCUAGACCAACUCAUGAUAGAAAAGGCGGCAGGGCGGACGCUGCACGGGCUAUCAGAGUCUGCAAUUUCCUUCCCGCCAACUUAUAAAUUGAAACAUAUGACCGAAGCGCAGGUGAAGGACCACGAGAACUACGCCUCGCCCGGCCCUGACGUAGUGUACUGGGGCUGGGCUCGUAACCGAUGGCCGGGUUGGUGUGAUCGUGUGCUGUAUCUCGAUAUUCCUCGCUGGGUUUCUCAAUCUCCUAGCGGGGCCGAUAUCACAAUCGACACUAUAGCCUACGACGCGCUUCCACCGGUUCGAACCAGUGACCACAGGGCCGUCUUUCUUCGUCUCGCCGUCCCAGUUAUUGAACCUUCUGUGUUGGCGCCCCCCGAAGAAGAGUAUACGUCAAAAAAUAUUCAAGACCCUCGCAUCAAGCUUCCGUAUCCUAUUGACUUUGAGUCGUGGGAUCAUCGUGGUCGCGUCAAGAAGUGGGAGUGGCUGAUUGGCUGGUCGAUGCUCGUUUCUCAAUCUAAACAAGGAAUCGCUGUCUUCACUGCCCUCGUCUUCGUGGGCAUAGGAACUUGGUGGCUUAGGUCGCGGUAG